AUGCAGACCUUCUUCUUCUCUUGUAACACCGCUCGACCUCCGUCUGGACGCCUCGAAGUGCUCCUGAAGAAUGGCCCCACCUCUGCCGGAGUUGUUGUCGCCGACGAGGCUCAUAUCUCGGCCCACUCGACCUGUCCCGUGGCUCGUAGAUCUGGAUCGAAGGGUGUGAUAUCAUCCCUCCCGUCACCAACGGCUAUGGGCUUGACAGAGAUUCCUUCUCACGCACUGAGAUUGGACUGUCCGGCCACUUCGGAACUCUCUAAGCCGUGGGAGCCUCCGGAUCCACCUAUCCCUCCUGACCCGCCGCCUCCGCUCCAGUCUCUGGCUUCCUAUUAUGCUCCGCCGACUCUCUCACCGUCGCUCACACGCGAGACUCCUGAGAACGAAGAACCUUCCGCCGUCGCCAUCCCACCACCUCCGCCCCAGUCACCGGAUUCAAAUGUUGCACCGCCGACUCUCUCAUCAUCCCUCACACUCACCUCUCCUGAGAUCGGAUCGAACCUCCCUCUGCUUCGUUCCAAACCGACCAGAUAUCUCUCCGGUAACAUCCUUCCGUCGAUGUCGACGAGAUCUGAAGAAGUUCAGAUGUGGUCUUGGCCCAUGAGGAAUUGGAAACUUGGGCUUGGUUUCAUAGAGUCAAAUUUCACCGUCUUCCAUCUCUUUGAGACUGGUUGUAUCUUCUACCCUCUCCUUGAGAGUGGUCGAACUCCCGAGCUUUUUGCCGGGAUCUUCAAAGUCACAUUCAGACGUGACUACCCUGAGACUCUCCGGCCUUGCUGCGAAGUCCUUCUGGACGCAUCCGAGUCAUACCUUGGAUCCGCUGUCCAGCAUCUUCUGUGA